CUUCUCCAGGGGAAGAAGGUAAACGGUAUAAGUUUGGGGGUUUACUUUGGAGAGUGCGAAAAUAGAAGAAUUUAUUAAGCCCCCACACUUUUCUUUCUUGGUCAGAGCACUAAGAGGAUAUUUUUGUUACCUCAUAUCUUUGAUAUCAUACAGAGCAAUCUCAAAUGGCGCCAGCUUACAAUGAAAAUGUGAUGAACGUGGAGGUCACAUCCCACGUCAGUAAUAAGUCUAGCAUUCUUAGUAGCGUUCUACACGGAAUACAAGAUGUGAGAUUGGAAGUUCGCAAUAUCGCCGAACCUCUCAUCGGUGAACUCCAAGUUCAGAUCAAAUCGACUGGCAUCUGCGGUUCCGAUGUAAGCUAUUACAAGAAGUUCGCUAAUGGCGAUUUAUGUGCUUGUGCGCCUCUAUCUCUUGGUCAUGAAGCUUCAGGUGUGGUUGUAGGAAUUGGACCACAAGUUAAUGGUUUUGCUAUUGGGGAUCGAGUCGCUCUUGAGGUGGGCAUAUCAUGUGGUCAAUGCGAUAUCUGUAGAAAAGGAAGAUAUAACCUUUGCAAGAAGAUGAGAUUCAGGAGUAGUGCAAAAAGUGUACCCCAUUUUCAGGGGACGUUGCAAGAGAGGAUCAAUCAUCCAGCUGUUUGGUGUCACAAGCUUCCGGAUCAUAUCUCAUUCGACGCUGCUGCGCUUUUGGAACCACUCUCCGUGGCAAUUCAUUCUAUGAAUCGAGCAGCACCUACACCUGGGUCCACAGCCGUUGUCAUCGGAGCUGGAGCAGUAGGCCUCCUCGUCGCUGCCAUGGCUCGUCAAUCUGGUUGUCCUAUUGUAACGAUAACCGACAUCUCCGCGAACCGGGUCCAAUACGCCCUCGACCACGGUUUCGCUACCCACGGAUAUGUGAUUCCUCCUUCUAGCUCCAACUCCAGCGCUCCCUCUACUGCUUCCUCCUCGGGAACAUCCACUCCUUCUUUAGCUUCAGGAACCACAACACCUAUCUCUUCCUAUACCACCAUCUCCGAUCGUCUCAACUCUGCAAAAUGCACUGCUUCCGACAUCCUCUCCAUUUCAUCCCCAGAUGACAUCCUCGCCGAAGACGACCACGAAGGCGCUGACAUGACCUUUGAAUGCACCGGCAAGGAAAUUUGCAUGCAAACCGCCAUCUACAGCACCAAGCCGGGCGGAAAAGUAAUCAUGGUCGGCAUGGGAACGCCCAUCCAAACACUCCCUCUCUCCGCUGCUCAUCUCCGCGAAGUAGACAUUCUAGGUGUCUUCAGAUACGCAAAUACGUAUCCGACAGGUAUCAGAAUGUUGGGUGCUAGCGGGAAGAAAGGAGGUCUUCCGAGCUUGGACAACAUGGUUACGCAUCGGUUUAAAGGUCUGGGAAAUGCGAAGCAAGCGUUUGAGCUGGCGGGAAAGACGAUGGAUGAGCACGGGGAUCUUAUCUUAAAGGUGGUUAUUGAGGUUUAGAAGCGUACAAGGGGAAACGAUGGAGUUAUUUGACUUUUAUGGGACCAUAAUGAAUUCUUUUCUUCUUUUCUUUCUUCCUUUCGCACACGAUCUGGCAACCUUUCUUUUAGAUAAGAAGUCGACGGUUAAUUUGGGAAAGUGGUUGGUGGGAUGAACCUGGUGUUUUACUGCGGAAGAAAGAUAUCUGGUAUUGGGUUGGCGUCAUGCUUUGAAGCUGGAGAUAGACAAAUCGAAGAUAUUUGCAAUUCAACUGAUACAUUCAAAUUUCGCCUCAUGUUGAAAGAACUGUUCCUUAGAAUUGACCUCAAGCACACGCACAA